AUGAAUAAUACAGCAUUAGAAAUUUGUCCUAGUAUUUUACAUUAUCAUAACGCAGUACAUAUAUCUUAUAUUGUUUGGCGUUCAUGUGGUCUUCUAUGUAUUAUAUUUGGUAUCCCUGGUCAUUUAUUUUCAAUUAUAAUUUUGUCAAAUAAAAACAAUCGAAAAGAACCAACAUCAUUAUAUUUUUUAGCUAUUGCUUGUUGUGAAUUAAUUUUUCUACUUGGUUUGUAUAUUUUCUAAUUGAUUCUCUGAAGAAGAAAAAAACCAUUAGUAAUUUAAGUUGAGCAUAUAUUAAUUCCGAUGAAAUAUUGUUUUUUGUUAAUCGGAAAUGGAAAUGUCAGACAAAAGGUUAGCAUUAUUGAAUAGUUCGCAUGAUACAAUAUAAAAAUUAAAUCAAUAGAACUAAUUAUAUAGAUAUAAAAUAAUAAUUUAUACUAAAAUAUUUACUCUUGAGAUAAAACAGAUGUCAAUU